AUGCACCCAAGCGGUACAGUUGUCCUCCUCCUCCUUCAAGUCCUUCUCAAGUUUGACAUCCUUCUUGCUGCCCCUUCAGUUGGACUCCAAGAGGAGAAGGGAUCUGGACUUGAGACCACCCCUGAAAAGAAACUGGAUCUGCAGAAAGAAUUUAGCAUGAGCUUAAAACUCUCACGACAACUACUUCGCAAAACAAAGGAUCUUACAAGAUACUAUCUUUUCGACCGUUUACCUGGAGUUGAGGUUCCUCAUAUUUCCCACUUGGAGCGCCUGCCCUCAGCCAGCCUUGAUUUUCACACAUGGCUCUCUCUUUCGGAUGCCAGCCGCCUGUUGCAGAUAGCCAAAACCAUUUCAUUUUAUCACAAGUUAGUUCAACAGCUGAGGAAGUUUGAAGCAAUCAAAGAAAAUUCCAAAUUUUUCUCUCAGUUUGAAGAUAUCGAUGUUAACCUCCGAGAUCUUGGUCAUCAAGUAGAUUACCAGAUUACACUUUGGGGCCUAUCAUCUGAUACCCAGCCUAUAUCAAUUCCUCAGAUCCUUCGAAAACGCAAUCAAUGGGCGAACCGCCAAGAAGUAUAUAUUGUCCUUCGUUCUCUUGAAAGCUUCCUGGUUCGAGUUGCACGAGAUUUUUUGAUGCUCAGGAUGAGGGUGCCGAAAGUGGCUUUACCUUCCAAGAGUCUCUAACCUUAACAUUUCCUGUUUUAAACUCCAUCACCUUAUUCCAAACAGCUAAGAUACCGGGAUUCCAGUAUCUCAGUGUUCUGUAAAUUAUCUAAAAUAUCUAAUUUAUAUAUCUAUUUAUUUUUUCUAAAUAUUUUAUUAUUUUAACUUAUUUGUUAAAGCAGUGUUUUGACAGGUUCAAAUGAGCAAUUGUUUAAUGAAUGUACUUUCUCAUGACAAUGUAGAUGUUUUUCCCCCCAAAGGUCAGAAAGAAUUGCCCGUUAGUUUGCACAGAAUUUCAAAUAUUGUGUUUAUCCAUAAAAAUAUGGGUGGCUACUACUUUAUCUAUUUUUGUAAUGGCUAUUUACUCAAAUGGGCCAGAGAAUCUUGAGGGUAUCUACAGAAAGAUAUAUAAUAUAUAAUCCCAGUGGAUUAUGGAGAAACUAUUCCUAAAUUUUCUAAAACAGAUUGAGUAAAUAUGCAUAUGGUAUAAACUAUAUGUUUUGAAUGAUACUGGCUUUUCUAAGCUUGAACUGGUCAUUUCAUACUUUUAAAUUUUUGUUAAUAAAAGUAUUAUUUUAGUUAAAUUUGAUUGCCUGAUUUAUUGGUGGUAUCUUUCGCUGAUUAAAAGAGAGUUUGUCAUUUCAUAUAGUUGAUUAGUCAAUUAGUCUGUAUUUAAAUCUAAAAUUCAAUGUCAAUAUAUUUAAGCAGUAUAUAGCAUUGCAUUAUAUCUGUUUAACUCAUAUUCAUCAGCAAAAGGAAAUCUCCUGUUGAUAGCUGAAUUCACCUGGUACAGGUUUCUUGUUUGGCCGCAAUUCCAUUGUAAAACUCUUCACCCUUUCCCAAGUCCUCAAUCUUGGCCACUUUCUUUUAUCUUUCCCCUCUCAGAACUCCUUUCUACAGUCCAGAAAAUAUGAUAGGUUCUUAUCCAUAAUCCAUAGACUUUGUCCUUCUAAUGCUGAGAUCUAUGCUUAUGUAGCAGGGGGGAGGGAAUAAACCCUACAACCUCAGGUACUGUCUCUACAACACCUCAGGUACUGUCUUCCACAAAAUUUCGAUCAACACCAGUUUGCUUAUAGAAGCAACAGUUUGACAGGGGAUGCCAUCACCAACGCUCUACAUAUUGCACUGAGCCACCUUGAGAAAUCUGGGAAUUAUG